AUGGCUGGGAUCGAAGACCUACCAGACGAGAUGCUGCUCUCAAUCUUUUCCUUCCUGCCAGCCUCAGAUUUGGUCCAGUGCGCUGCAGUGUGCCAGCAGUUCCACAGCAUUGUGUCGGGGUACACCCACCUGUGGAAAGGAAAGACCUACAUCACCCUCACGAGACCGGCGGAUCUCCACAGGGAGCACGUAGCCCUACGCGCUCUGCCGCUGCUGCGGGAAGUCUCCGUCGAAGUGGAGAACCGAUUUGCGGUGUGCGUCGUGUUCCCGCGCCUGGUUCUGUCAAUAGCAGACCUAGGAGCCCUGGAGCGCUGUCCGAGGCUGAGGUGCCUCUGUCUGUCGACUAGACUCAACAUCGCAGAGCACAUUAUGUCGUCUGGCUCAACUAUCGAUUUCGCGUUGCUCGAGAAGCUGGAGAUCGUCAAGACGCGGCCGCUCGACUGCCGGGGUCCGGACUUCGCUGACGCAGAUUUCUUGGUCAGCUCCGCCCUCGAGCUGUGCCCGAACCUCACGCAGCUCUUCGUGUGUGCGGAGAUCCUGUCGGCGGGCCUCCUGGAGGAGUCGGCCGGGAUCGUCCGGCUGCGGGCGCUGGGAAUCGAGUGCCCCACAUUGGAGAGACUGUCGUUCUUGCGGCGCUGCUCGGACGCGCUGGAGGAGCUGCGACUGGAAGGCUGCGCCGCCCUGCAGAUGGGGGAGGUCGCGGAGCUGCGCCACCUGCGGAGGCUGCGCCGGCUACGGUUGCACGGCUGCCGGGUGGCCGAGGCCGACAUGCGGCUGGUGGUGGCCGCGCUGGAGAGCCUCGAGUCGCUGCACCUGGACCAGUUCCACCUCGUCCGGGACCUGUCCUUCCUCCAGCCCUGCGGCCGGCUCAGGGAGGUCGGUGUCAGGUUCCCGCCGCUGGAACCGCCCGCCCACGCCAACGGCCGCGUGGUCCGCGCGCCCCUCUACCAUAUCACGGACGAGCUGUCCAGCGCUCUGCUGCGGCUGGAGGGCCUGGGCUACGAACGCCGCUGCCUGGACUACCUGCGCCCCCUGCUCCAGUGCCUCCAGCUGCGCCGCGUCUGCCUCUGCUUCCAGUGGAGGUCCAGUCGUGUGGCGGUGUCCAGCCAGUUGGUCAAAAUAAACUUGCGACAUCCCAAAGAAAGACGACGGGGAAGUAAAUAUUAA